GAAUCUUGUCCACUCACCCUGACAUCUUGGAGGAGGGAGGUGUUGCAUAUACUCCAUCCAUCAAAACCUAGUUUUUGUAUAAAAUAAAAUAGUACUUUGACCAACCUACAGCUAGUCAAGAUGCAUACUGAUCCUCUUCUCGAAGAUCUCAUGGCCCAGCUUGGGUCUUUUGGAAAAUACCAGUUAAGGCAGCACCUUUUGCAUUUGCUGACAGCAUUUUUGGCUGGUAUGCAUAUGUUGUCCUUGACCUUUGUUGCACCCACGCCACCUCAUCGAUGUUACAUUGAACAACUAGAUCUCAAUCACUCUGGAGCUCCUGUUUUUGAUAAAGACAUUCUCGCCCAUUACAUGCCUCUGAAACUAAAUGGUGACUUGGACUCUUGUAAACGGUUCCCGACUCCUGAAGAGAACUUGACAAUCUUGACAUGCGAUGGCAAAUUCGUUUACGACACGUCGUUUUAUGGACAAUCUCGAGUCUAUGAGUGGGAUAUGGUAUGCGAACGAAAGUGGAUGAGAGCGUUUAUCCAAUCGAUUUAUGUGUUUGGGGUGUUUAACGGAGCUUUAAUCUUUGGCUCUCUUGCCGAUAGAUUUGGACGUAAGAGGAUUCUGUGCUUUUGUGCAAUCCUACAGUUCGCAUUUGCCAUCAUGGGGCCCUAUAUCACCAAUUACAUAAUGUACAGCAUCAGUCUGUUCUUCUAUGGCGUAUUUGGAUCAGGAGGGGCGUACGUGACAGGGUUUGUUCUGUCAAUGGAGCUAAUUGACAAAAAGAGGCGGACGUAUUGUGGGACGGCAUUUAGCGCUUCAUUUGCAACUGGCGUCUGUUUCGUGGCCUUGUGGAGUUAUCUAAUCCGAGAUGUAACGAUGCUCCAAACCGUUUUCGCUCUCCACGCCCUCAUGCUCUUCGGACACUUUUGGUUCAUUGAUGAGUCCAUUCGAUGGCUAUGGAGUCAAGGGCUCAUAAAGGAAGCGGUGGCGAUUGCUCGGAAAGCAACCCGUAUCAACGGAAAGACGUUUAACAAUGUGGACGAAAGAAAAUAUUCAGUGGUUGCACUGAAAGCCGUGAACACAGUUUCAGAAUCGUACGGUUUGUCAGAUCUGUUCCGAACUCCUAAUCUCCGAUUCAGAGCCAUUAACACAGCGUUCCAAUGGUUCUCAAUUGCCCUCUGCUUCUACGGUCUUGCUUUUAAUACGGGAGGACUUCCAGGAAACCCGUACUUGGUUUUCUUUCUAUCCGGGUUAGCUGAUCUUCCUGGUCAUCUUCUCGUCAUUUUAAUCGUCGACAAGACGGGAAGAAGGCCUCUGAAUGCGUUUUUCCUGUUUAUUGGAGGAGUGGCGUGCAUCGUUACUACUUUCAUUCCAAGAGGGUUGGUUGUGACAACUAUCGCAAUGUUAGCAAAAAUUGCAAUGGCAGGCUGUUUUGCUGUGAUUUACAACUACACGGCCGAACUGUUUCCGACGGUCGUUAGGAAUUCUGCGGUUGGCUUGUGUUCCAUGUCUGCAAGAAUGGGAGGAAUGUUAACUCCACAAAUUACUCUAUUGGACUCGCUGGAUAAAUCAAUUCCCACUCUCGUGUUUGGAGGUGUGGCUGUUGUUGCUGCAUUUACAGGACUCUUCCUUCCAGAAACGCUGCACAAAGAAAUGCCCCAGUCCUUGCAAGACGGAGAAAAUUUUGGAAAGGGAGACACUGCUUUCUCUUCCUGCUGCGGUGGUCCAUCUAGUCAAGAAUAUUUGAGGGAUCCAGAAGCUGGGCGAAGAUUAAAGUAGAUAAUGCUAAUGAAAAUUUACUCGCAUUUACGGUGUCACUCCGCAUUUUGCAAAUAAAUAAAAUUCAGUUUGAAAGUUGUUAUCUAAGAAA